AUGGUUAAUGGCAGUGAGCGUGAACCCGGUGAAUGUUCGCCUUCGCCACCGGAGCAUCGGGCCACGGCUACAAGCAGUACGAGGUAUCGAUCGAGGCGAGAAAAUCGUCCGGCAAUGUGGAAGAGUGACUCGGUUGUGGAGUUGGUCGAUUUGGAUUUUGCAGUGGAUGAGGAUGACGACAUUGAGGUGUUGAGUGAUGAGCAAGAAGCAGCUGAUGCUGACGAUUUUGUUGUUGAUGUUGAUGAAGAUGAUGAUGGAAAUGAUGAAUUUUUUGUUUUGGAUACGAACAGAGCUGAAAUCAUUGAGGAAGAGAAAAUCACCAUAGUAGAUUGCAAAGGCUCAGAGCAAAUUCAGCUUUCAAAGGCAAAACGAAGCGAAGAAACAUUCGAUAUUACGAAAAUUCUUACCAAUGAUCCUACAACUGCAUCGCUUUCGGCGGAAAAGAAGGAAAACUUGAAGCAUCUGCCGAAAAAGCCGGUGUUGGUAGCAACAAAAACCGCGGGGGACUAUGCAAAAAACGCAUCUUUGCACGGUCAUCCCGUGCGUUGGCCAAUCAUUUUUUUUAGGCCAGGUUAUGUAAGCGAUUCGUUGCGUGAUGCUCUUGGUAUUGGCAAGCACGAUAUCCCAGAAUGGAUUUAUCGUAUGCGUCAAAAGGGUUUCGUUGAGGGAUAUCCGCCGGGCUAUCUCGAUCAGGUGACGCAAUUUCAAAAUUUCUUGCCUAAAUUAAUACUUCUGUUACUUCACUUAUCUGUCGUACUUCUUAAGAACUCUCCAUAG